AACACAACCGUGCUUUUUCCCGUCUCCCGUCAGCCAUCCCGCAGAGAAUCGCCCGACCAAUUUCGUCAGACAUACACAGUAGGCUUUCACUGAAGCCACAUCACCAAACACGGAUGCCUCGCUCGCGUGUUCGCGCCACCUCGCGACGUCUCUCCGCGCGAUGAGGCCGACAUGACAAUUUUAGCUGCCUCGGAACCUCGUCGUACGACGCCACUAAUGAUCACUCCUGAAAAUGGAUGCGCCACAUUCCUCUUUCCCCUUCCACCAUUGGUUUUUCCCCAAAUCUCGUUCACGAUGCUGAUCCCAAUCGAGUCAAGUCGAUCCGGCGAGGCUCACGAUGCCAGACGGUGACGGGGCACCUGAAGGGCCGUGCUGGACGGUCAUCGUUCGCACAGUCUCCCUUCGCUAGGAGGAUUAGCCCAUGCUGGUAGUCUGGAUGGAAGGUGCUUUGAUUAUCUGCUGGUGCCCUCCCCUUUGUAUUCGUCGAUCGUUCUUAUCUACCUUCGUCGCGCAGACUUCACCUUCAACGCCGCCGCGUUGCUGCACAUCGUGUGGUAUCAAUUGCACCGGCCGUGGCCUGGGAUUGAUCCCUCGAGCAGCUCGCUGUAAAACUCGGCUCUUACCUACCGCAAUGAACCCGGAAUAGAAACCGUAUUGGUUUCAGUCCUUCCUUCCAGUUCUCCGUACAUACUGCGCUCGUAUUACCAUAGUCAUAAUCUUAAUAUACUCCCACGCUUGCCUGACACCGCGACGCGGCCAGAUAUUUGAAUUUCCAAGUCAUGGACAGCUAUUCGAACUCCGGUUCAAGCCCACGCUCCUUCCCCGACGAUGUGGAUGCACCAACGAAGCGCAUCUCGACACCGGCUGGCAUGCGCCUGUCCGUCAUCAUGCAGAACACAGUAGACCAGAAGUCUAGGCCGAGGCGGCCGUCGAAAACGGGCACUUUGAAGAGUGGGACUGUGUCAAAGGGUAGCACGUUGGUGGGCGAUCCAAGAGAGAGCAAAGAGGAGAGGAUGUCAGGCCCAAUGGGAUACUCCUACGACAUAUUCAGCGAGAAGGCUCAGCUGCCGCCGCCCUCGUUGCUUAUGCGAUUGAAAUCCAGCCGGCUGAUGCAGCGGAAAGGCGGCUGGAAGAGGGUAUUGCUCGUCUGUGGUGUUCUGCUGAUCUGCAUCAUUGCGAUCGCAGUCGGCACCGCGAUCGGACUCAAGCAGUCGAACAAGAGCAGUACAAACUCGCAAAGCAGCGAUGCCACUCCAGCGAGUGCCGGCGCUGCAUCGCAGUCAGGAACGGCCACAGCAACCGGCGCCUUGGCCACAAACACUCAAGUGCCGUCCGGCUUCCCGGCUGGUACAUACUCAUUUACCACCUUCCUCGACACUGUGAACACGGACUGCACAUCUGAUCCUGCCACGUGGAGCUGUUACCCUUAUACGAUCUACAAUAACGAUCAUGUCAAAGCCCUCUCGACCUUCAACUGGGUCAUCAAGGAGGCUUCUUCCAAGGCCUCGUACGAGAUCUCUUCGCUACAGAACCCGUUUGAUAUCAACUUCCAGAACGCGGCUAUGAAUAUCCUCGACAAGGGUACCGACAACGAAAGAUACCAGUUUCAAAUCCAGAUGGACAAGUCAGUCGUGCCUAGCACGUCUAUUACUAACGAUGGAUCGUCUGCAACGUGCUUUUAUAACUCAACAACGAUGACGGGAUAUCUGUACACGAAGCGAGCGAAGGAUUAUCCCACCUCAGAAGAGACGGUUAAUUCAACCUAUCCAGCCUGGCCGUUUUCUGUGCGGGUUGAGCAGACGGCUGCAGGAGGAGAGGGCGUGCCAAAUUGCUACAAGACGGUCGACGGCAGUCUCGGGGCUCAAGUCGGGAACUUCACCGCGGAAAAUGCAACAACGCUGUGCUCGUGCCUGUAUCGCAAUUACUUGACUCCGGAGCCCUGAACUUACGAACAUCUGGCAUAUCGAAAUAUCCUCACAAUUAUCUCGCCCUGCCAGCUACGGCGCAUUGCAUCGGGCAGGGAAGGUCAGGCUCGCGCCAAUGCGUCUGGAGAUGAGGAAGUUUUUUAAACAGGAGAGGGCUGAACAGGCAGGCUCAGCGAGUCUGGCUUCGCGGGAAGCAGGAGAAGGAAGAGGGCCUAAUAUCUAACCUGGCCGUGGCCUUGCUGCCAUCAGAAUAGUUUAUUUCUCUUUGAUAGCACAUUUGUAGCAAACUCGGCAGCUAUAGCAGAAGCAUCUGCCACAUGAUUCGCAACGACUGUAGCAUACAUACUGUAUAGCAUCGCUGAAAAUAAAGUAAUUGAUCUUCAACCGAGCAUUGGACGUAGGAUGAAGUGGAA